CCUAGCGCUUUUCCAGCGUAACAGCGACCGGGUCCCCUGAGCCAGCCCGCGUAAAGGACACCUCGAACCUCCACUGACUGAAUGAACGCGAGCCAUCUUCCAUCAUCAACGGUAGACACCUUCCUCCAUUCCUUAGGUUUAUCUCGACAAUUCAAUUCCAUCCAUUCCUUCGUCGACAGCCGCUCGUUUCACCAACCUCAAUAAUCUCGUAAUAAUCAGUCACCAUGGCUCCCACCAAGACCACCGGCAAGGAUGUGUACUCGGUCAUCCUGCCGACCUUCAAUGAACGCCAGAACCUCCCCAUCAUCACCUGGCUCCUCAAUCGCACCUUUAGCGAGCAAAACAUCGACUGGGAACUCGUAAUCGUCGACGACGGCUCCCCCGACGGCACCCAAGAUGUCGCCGCCCAGCUCGUUAAGCUCUACGCUCCCCACGUGCAACUGCAGACCCGCACAGGCAAGCUCGGACUCGGCACUGCCUACGUCCACGGCCUCCAGUUCGCCAAGGGCAACUACAUCAUCAUCAUGGACGCCGACUUCAGCCACCACCCCAAGUUCAUUCCCCAGAUGAUCGCCAAGCAGAAGGCCGGCAACUACGACAUUGUCACGGGCACCCGCUAUGCCGGCGACGGUGGUGUUUACGGAUGGGACCUCAAGCGCAAGCUUACCUCCAAGGGCGCCAACAUCUUUGCCGAUACCGUGCUGCGCCCCGGCGUGAGCGACUUGACCGGUUCCUUCCGGUUGUACAAGAGGGACGUGCUGGAGAAGCUGUUCCAGAGCACGGACAUCCGUGGUUUCACCAUGCAGAUGGCUCUGGCUGUUACGGCCAAGUCCCAAGGCUUCUCGAUUGCUGAGGUGCCCAUCUCCUUCGUCGACAGAGUGUAUGGCGACAGCAAGCUCGGCGGCGAGGAGAUUGUGGAAUAUGCCAAGGGCGUUUUGCAGCUUUGGUGGUCCACGUAAACCGGACCAGGAAUACCACAAGAAGAACAAGACGGGAACGGUCUUUCUUUCGAAAUAUAUAUAAAAGCUAAUGGUUGGGCUUUGCCGAUGUACAAGUAAGGCUGGGAUCUGGGUUGCAUGGCGUUUUUGUUCUCGUUCCGCGUACAUAUCUUUCUGGAGGGCUUCGCUAAUUGACUGAUGAUUAUAUUGAGGUUUUGGUCAUGAAUCAUUCUGGAUAUCUUGCGCUCUACGCUACAACAACACACAGCCUCAACCCGCUUAGCAAUUCCUGCCGCCCGUCACACUGAUAGUCUGCCCAGAGAUGUACGAGCUCAGGGGAGAGGCAAUGGCCAAGACAGCACUGGCAGCCUCAGUUGCUGAACCGGGUCUCCUGAGGGGGAUAUCUGCAAAGGGAACCGGCCCUCCAGCCUUUUGGGCAUUCUGCUUCUGUGGAAUACCCAAAGCAACCUUUUGACCAUCAACCUCCACAAACGCACCAGCCUCCUUGUUGGCCGUCAACCGAGUCUCGAUAUGUCCAAAGGCAAUGGUGUUCGCUCUGACACCAAAAGCCGGACCCCACUCCUUGGCUAUCGUCUUGCUAAGGCCAACCACACCGGCCUUGGCCAUGGCGUAGUUGAGCUGGCCAGCGUUGCCGUGCAGACCGGAGGUGGAAGAGAUGUUGAUGAUGUUGCGUGGCUCGCCGUCCUUGACGCGGAAGAAGGGAGCUGCUUCACGGAUGAGCUUGAAGGCGGCAGUACCGUGGAGGGCGAUGAUGGUCUCCCACUGCUUAUCGGUCAUCUGUUUCUGUGUUAGCAUCAACAGCACCUUUUUCCCGAUCAGAGAUAUUGUACUACCUUGUGAACGACGGCAUCCCAUGUGAAACCAGCAUUGUUCACGAUUAUGUGAAUCUUGCCAUUGCCAAACUCCGCAGCCUUCUUCACCAGCUUUUCGAUGUAGUCGUCCUUGAGAAGGUCACCGGGAACAGAGAUGGCCUUGCCUCCGCUGGCAUCGAUCCUAUUCACAGUAGCUUGGGCUUUGGCGGCGUCGAUGUCAGAAACAACAACCUUGGCUCCUUCAUUAGCGAAGAGUCUAGCACAUUCGGCGCCGAUGCCCUGGGCGGCACCGGUGAUGAUGACUACUUGGCCGGCGAGAAGGCCUUGGGGGUAGUUGAGGUGGCUGGCGAUUUGCUUUAUCCUGUCCGCCAUGGUGGAGUGAUGGUCGGGUAUCCUAUACUUGAUUGGAGGGGUUGUGCUAGUCACAGAAACGCGUGAAACUGAAGCUCUGGUAAGAGACCACAGGAUCACCGUCAAUAUGUAUACUCCUUCAACAUCUUCCUGGAGAGACAAAUUCCAGCCGAGGUACAUCUCCAGUCAAUCAUCCCAAUCAGCUUCUUAUUAUCCCUAGUUACCUAAUACCCCGCAUAUUGAACUGAAUGUUGCCAAUGUCAUCUCAUCGACGCUUAACCCUUCCCGUCUUGUUGUUCGUUUUGAGAUGGAAGAGGAAGGGACUGAGCAUUGGUUUCAAAUAUUCUUCUCCAAACGUUUGCGGACUCAAGAUACAAUACCG